ACACUGAGAUGAAGCUGGCAGGGUCGUACGCUGGACGGCUGAGGCUGACAGUAUGGAGGCGCAAGUCCACACUACUAGGGGCGGCCAUGGCACUGGCACUGAUAGUACUGUGUCUACAGUACAAUGUUGCCAAGGAGGUGGUAGACGUUCCUCCAGCCCCCCAGAUGGAUGACUUGGGCAAUGACGCCCAUGCCAACAGUGUGCAGUUUGUGGCAAACUUGCCUGUCACAGGGGCAGCCUUGAGGAUGGAGGGUGCAGAGCUGGUGGACUCUGCCAAUGGAGACAUCAGUUAUGGCAAUAACCUCAUAUACUCAGGCUUGGAUGCAAAGUUCAACUAUGUUCCUCCGCAGAGACUGAUACACCUGGACCUCAAGGGAGCUCCUCCCAAGGUGUCGUACCUCAAGCGGUUGUUGGCCCUGGCCAGAGAGAUGGGUGCCACGGGUGUGUUGCUGGAGUGGGAGGAUAUGUUCCCCUGGUCCGACACCCUGUCUCCCCUCGCUGCCACCAACGCCUACACACGUCGCGAUGUCGAUGAGAUCGUGGAGGCUGCAAGAUCCGUCCACCUUGAGAUCAUUCCACUGGUCCAAACCUUUGGACAUGUUGAGUUUGCACUCAAGCACAAAGAGUUCUCCGGUCUGCGGGAAGUACCAGAUUCUCCUCAGGCCCUCUGUCCGUCUCUGAACGCUUCAGUUGAUUUUGUUUAUCACAUGAUUGAUCAGGUUAUGGCUGUACACAAUAACAUUCGGUUCAUCCAUAUAGGCUGUGAUGAAGUUUUCCAAAUGGGUGAAUGUUCUCGCUGUCGCACCCAGACUCGUGACAAUCUGUUCCUGACGCACGUGACAAAGGUCGCACGCUACGUGAGGUCCAAGUACACCAAUGUCGUGCCUCUGGUGUGGGACGAUAUGUUACGUCACCUGCCUCCCAUCAGCAUGGAACAGUCCAAGAUAGGCGAACUUGUAGAACCAAUGGUGUGGGUGUACGCAGAGGAUGUGUACAGGUUCGUCCCGACCAGUGUGUGGGAGAAGUACGCAGCAAUGUUCCCACGGGUCUGGGCCGCAAGUGCAUUCAAGGGAGCGUUUGGAGAGACAUUGUAUGUUCCCAAUGUAAAACGUCACUUGGAGAACAACCUGCGAUGGCUGCAAGUAAUGGCUGCGGAGGGACCAAAGUUUAAGGGGGGAUUCCAAGGGAUUGCCGUCACCGGCUGGCAGAGGUAUGACCACUUUGCCGUGCUGUGUGAGCUGAUGCCCUCAGCUGUGCCGUCCCUGGCUGUGAAUCUGUUGGCUACCAGUCACGGCUACUUCAACCAAAGUCUCCGGGCCAGACUGAGCUCUGGGCUGAGUUGUGGAGUCUUUGGUCCGCAACCUCAGCAGGACCGAGGUGUCUUUCUCAACCUCAACAACGACCCCUUCCUCUGGGACCAGUUCUCACGCUGUGCUUUCCCCGGACACAGCUUCUUCAAGCUGCUCUACAGGCUUAAUGGUCUGGAGCGUGAAGUCAACGAACUUUAUGUUUCGGUGAGACAGAGCAAGGGUUGGAUGACUGCUUACAACGUGAGGACCAACUUCACCAGUCCUCUAAGGAUAGACGAGUUGUUGGCAGACCAGCCGAGACUGUACCACUCUCUCACCACCCUGAUCCGCUCAGUCAAGGAUGCGCUGUCGGAGGUGUACGACGCCUACACAGUCGCUGAGUGGAUCGAACAGAAGCUGUACCCCAUGGUGCAGCAGCUGGAGGAGAUGCAGCGAGAUGCUACGAUGCUCAAGUCCUUCCGAGUGUGGCCCAAGAGGCCGUUCGCACCUCUGCGGGACCUAGAGAGAUUGGGAGUUCCCAUGCCCGACAAUGUCAUCCCUCCGCCUGGAUGAGUUUACUAAUGGCGUCAACGCCUCCUACAAACUCAUACUUAAUUAUGUAAAACUUGUGAAAAUACAAAGUGACAUAGUGGCCAGUACGUAUUGGCAAAAUAUGAUUGAUUUAUAGCAACAUUAUAAUCACGUCUAUUUUCAUCCAAAAGUUUGUAUUGUAUAGUAAAGUGUGCCUGGGACACUAAUUUGAAAAAAGUUUGGUUGAACAUUGAGGAUAAAAAAACAUGUGAUAUAAUGUUAUUACUGACUUGCAUGGCUGAUCUGUUUAGUUUUAUUUAUAACUGUAAAUAUUAGGGUAAUCUAAACUGACUUGGUACUAAGAUUUUUUUACUUUCUUUUUCAUACGAUCAUGAAACUAUGACUGUUUGUAGUGACUUGGCGAUUCUACGUGUUGUACAUUGAUGAUAUACAUAAGUGAUUGUAGAUAUCUCCAGCUCUCUGGAAAUGUGAUUUAAUAAUGCAGGUUUUAACUUUACAUUUAGGGCAUUUUAGUUUUACUGUAGUUUAAACCUUAUUUGUAGGGUAUACUAUAAAAUACACACGAAAUGUGCAUUGACAAAAAUACAAGUUUAAGGAUUGUAUCCUCGAAUUAUGUCAUAUACAGAGUUUUUAAAGUUUAUUGCAGUAUACAAUUUGUCUGGUUAAUUAGGGCUUUCAUAUAAUCUGUAUAAUUUGUUUUUACAGUUUUUGUUAGAAUUUGUGUAAUGUAUGUUUACUUGUUCAACGCCCAUAUUUCACAACCACGUUCACCUGGGUAUUUUUACAGAAAUAAUUUACCCAUAAUACAUAAGUCAAAAUAUUUAGUAUGAGACCUUGUCUCCUGAAAUCAAAACUCUGUAUCCCUGUAAUAAAACAAUUUGGGCUAAAACAUGUAUAAGUUUUGCAAUUAAUGCUAAGAAGAGACACCCCACCCCUAGAAAUGGUUGCCAAAGUAAUAAUCAGUAUUUCUGGUACUGUAAUAAUGUAGUCCAUAGUAAGUCAUAAAAUCUACGCCUUUCGUAUAAUUAAUUCUAUGCCCAGCAUUGUUGUGAGUUGAGUUUGGAUGGAUAAUAUUUAUUUGAAUUUAUUCAAUAAUAAUUCUGAGAACAGACCAUUCAAAAAUAUUACUAUAUAUAGUUUCUUUUUAACACACUACUUGUCCAUCAAUCAAAAUGAGUUAUUGUUUUUAUUUACGAAUUUAAUAUUGACAAGAAGUAAACUCAUUUUUUUGCCUAUUAUAAUUAAUUAUACUGUAUACAACUAUUUAAUACGUUUCAGUGUAUUUGAUUGUAAAAUUAUAACAAGCAUUAGUUAAAAUUAAUAUCUUUGAAAUCUACAUAAUUAUAAUUUUAAGAACCCAUGUUUAAAUACUUUUUAUAUUGUAAAAGCAGACAUAUUUUAUUUAAGAGGCUGUGAUUUUUAUUAAGUUGAAGUUAUUAAAAACUAACCGCUUUAGUUUCCGCCAAGGAAAGUUUUUAUAUUUUGUAUAUUUAAAAUAAUGUAUUUUAGUGAUAGCAUUAUUUUGUAGUAGUAUUGUGUUGAUAAAAAAAUGUACUUGAACCUACUCAAAAUGGAAUUAUACUAUAGAAUUAUUGUAGAAUUACUUUAAGUAAAUCAAUCAAUAUUGGAGUAAUGGUUUUGUCACCACUAGGUAAAAAUACAGUUGUUUCCUUGCCUUAUCAGGACCAAAGAUUAUUUUUGUUUCUUUUAAAGUAUCAAUUGCUAUGAAUAUUUGCUGGUAAUUACUAAUUACCAAUAAAAUCAGUUACAUAAAUGAAACCUUCAACUUGGCCUACCAAGUAAUUCAUUUGUCAUGUUGAUGCAAUACAACCUGUGCAUUUUGGUUUUAGUUGAAUUAAAAACGCUGUAGACUACAUAAUUGUUAAAUAAAUACCCAAUAUUCUGAUUUCUUAAUUGAUCUGCAUUUUUAUUAUAACACAUAAUAAUAAAAUUCAGGGACUAAUGUUAAAUUACUGUCAUGGUGAAUUUCGUUUAUACUAUUUCUAUUAUAUUCUGACCAGGGUCGGCUGUAUUAUAACAUGUACAGAUGGAUUGUGUAUAUUAGGUUACAUUCUAAUUUUAAUGUACAUAUUGCCACAAGCAAGCUGAUCAUGACUAGUUUAAUGAUAUUCCUGAAUGUUUUCUCUGGACAAAUUGAUAAAAUCUAUGUUCAUCUUUACUAUCUGAAUGUUUCCCAAAGAUGUGGCUUGUACACUCAGUUUUUUGCUAUCAACAAACGUCUCGUGAAGGCCCAUUCCUUGCGGAGAGUUAUAAAGUAAUGUCAUUUAUUUUAAUACAGUAUGACACAAUGUCAACUCAAUAAUUUAAUCUCUAGGUAGGGGUUACUUAAACAGUGACAUAAUUAUAUAUAACUUUCUGACUCCUUAUUACAUACCUUUUUUAUAUAGGUACACAGUACAGUAGACUCCCUCUUAUCUGGACACCUUUUAACCGGACAUCGGUUUAACUGGACUACACUCGACGGAAAUGACAUCUCUUUGACCGGAAAAUUUUUAUCAGCACAUUAGUUUAACCGGACUAUAUUGGCUGGUCAUGAGCGGUACUGAAACGACUGUUCUCGUGGGAAAGAUUUGAGACCAGUGAUGACAUGUCUAAAUACAAUGCUCUCCUAAAUUUAAGCCAAAUAUCACAGUAAACGGUCCGUUUUAACGAGUUUUUUGGGAUGUCAGCUUAACCGGAAAAACCGUUAUCCGGACUGGCCUCGGUCCCGAGGAGUCCAGAUAAGAGGGAGUCUACUGUUGAAAGAAUACCCGUACCAAUAUGUUUUAAGUGGCGACAUUAAUAUACUUCGUUUUACGGGUUCUCACCAGUGUCUGAGCCACCAAAACAGACUGAUAAUAUAGAUAAUCAUGUAAGAUUCAGACAAAUAUUACAGUUAAAAAAAAAUUUGAAACUUACUCAGAAAUUAUAUUCUGAAAUACAGACAUCUAAGGAAGCAAAGAUACAGCUGUUCCAAUAUACAAGAAUUGUCAUGUAAAUGAUCCCUAAUGUGUUGUAAACUAUCCCCUCCCAUGAAUAGGCUCAAAAGAAACAUUAAACUUAAAUUUAGCCUAACCUAAAUGUUUUUCUUUUGCUAUAUUCAAUUGGGUAAUUGCGUUUUUUUAAGUAUACAGUAGUGUACAAUUAAUUUUACCGCCCUUAAUAUUUUUAAAAAUUGUUCUUUGGUUAAUAUUUUAUAUACGUUUUUUGUAAGUUAUGUUUCCAGUGUUGAUAGCUUCAAACUGAGUCAAUCAAAAGAGUGUUCUCUGCAGUGUUUCAGUAGAUAUUUUUCCACUUGAUAUGUUGACAUUUAACUCAAUGUUUAGUUAACAAUAAAUGAGAUUAGACAA